AUGAAGGAUGACACUGACGCAACCAAGGGCGGCCGUGGCGGCCGUUCAGCCCGUAUGAGCAAUGAGGACAGGAAACUUCGGAAUCGCCUGUCACAGAAGGCCUUCCGCGCCCGGCAAGCUAUGCGCAUCAAGGAGUUGGAGGACAGACUGGAAUCUAGGCCAUCGUCCGAGACCGCAAGAAUCGCCGAGCUCGAAGAGCGGAACGCAUUCCUCGCUAACAGGCUCUUUGACCUUCAGGUCACCAUCAGGGCUCUGUCAGAGGCUACUGCGGAGGCGCUUGACAUGGUAAUCCCCAAGGACAAGAAGAAGGAGUCCCGUGCCAACGAAGGUGGAGAAGAUGAAGCUCCUCGUCCAACCACGGCGCCUUCGUCGGCCUCAGAUGCAUCCUCACCAAGCCUGAGAGAUGCCACUGUGUCCGCGCCGAUAACAGAUCCAAUCGAUACAGGAGGCAUUAUUAUCCCAGAUAUGACUUUUGAUGCCGCUUGUCAACAACCAGACACCUCGGCGAAUGCGACAAGCUGGCCAGAUUUAGAGACAGGCUUCGACGAAAUCCCCGACGACUUCAAGGAUGCUCUGCAAGCAGCAAUAAGCCACGAUCCUGAUGUAUUCGCCUCACUGGAUUUCGUUGACUUUUCCAAUCCCAUUAACGACGUGACGAUGAUAGAGACGAACAAUCCAACCAUGUGGGAUACCAUGAUGGCCGACCCAAUCCUCCAGCAAAGACUAUCUUUCACUUUCCCGCAGAUGGGACCAGAUACAUAUUCUGCUGCGGAGAAACACGGUCCGAUCCUGGUACGAGGUCCUCACGGGCAGCUACAUCGGACCAACUCCGCGUGGUCGGACCAUAUUGCUACUCUUGAAUACUUCUUGCGGCAGAAGUGGAGAUCGUUAAGUCUUCGCAGGGAAGUACAAAAGGUUUCAUCCGACGAGUACGUGGGAGAUUGGUACUUUGAUCCAGGGAGCUUCACUAACCAGGCUUACAGUCUUCCGAGCUUGGUUUGCUUCAUGCUGUCCUCAUUCAUAUGUCUGUCGUGGCCGACCAUGGCCGCCUGGCACUCAUACACCCGAGCGCAUAUCGCGGUUGCCAGUCUUAUGGCGUGGCGCCUCAACCCAACGCCAGAGAUGUACGCGGUCAUUGACUCUUCCCUUCGUCCGACCAAACUUCAGAUGACAGCGCAUCACCCAUCAAUAAUCGACUGGAUCCCUUUUGCCACGGUACGUGACAAGCUAAUCAUAUAUCAUUCGGCCAAUCCCCAUCUGGAUGAGCUGAUAUGUGAUAUCGGCAAUUCAUACGUCAUGGAAGUCGACCUUUCGAAACUCAUCGCAUUCAUACCUCCCACUCGAGGCUAUGUCGGAGUCUGGGAUCUAGUCCGAUCAAUUGCGCCUGAAGCCACGUCAAGUUCGGAUACAGCAAAUUUCCUCCAGCCGAGUUUUGAGAAUUCCCCAGAGACCAUCGACGAUUUUGACGAGGAAGAAGAGGCGAAUAGUGGUGCAACUUCUUUGCCCGCGCCCGAUGCAAGUGUGCUCUUUGGGUCGAAAGCACUCGCCCUGAAAGCAUUCAAGCUGAUAGGGAUGCAUAAGGGCGUUGGCAACUUCCUACUGGAUCCGCAAUUCUUCCAGAGGCAUCCAGAACUCUACGACCCCACGGUAAACCUAUGUGCCCGAGGCGUUCCUCUACGCCCAGGAAAUCGGGGGUCCAUGUUAGCCCCUCAACCAUUGGAUUCUGGCGUGCUGAGCCGGUACAAGGAACUGUCUUCGUGGUCACUUACUUUGUCCUCCACCAUAAUCACAGCGAGAUGA